AUGGACAACAACGCGAUUGACGACGAAUUCCCAUGCUCGUUAACCAUCGACGUCCCGUUCCCUACCCCGCGCCUGGCCUCCGUAGCCCACCGCGCCCUCGCCGUCGAUAAGGAGCUGUCGCCGCUCGUCAGGCGCACGUUCUCCGUCGAGGAGACCGCCGGCGACGCCUCCGCGAUCCUCCGGGUCCAGUACAAGGCCACCACGAACCGCAUGCUGCGCGUCUCCGUCAACGGCCUGAUGGAGAGCCUGAACCUGGUGGUGGAGGUCAUGGAGGAGCUGGACGUCGACGUUCUGGAACACAACAAGGAAGACGGGCAAUAA